UGGCCAGUUAUUCCAGAGGGAAUACGUCGGUGGUGGAGGAGGGGAGAGGCUGGUGGAGGAGACAGAUGCAGAAGGGGAAGUGACGGACUUUAUCUUUGGACAGGUGGCCAUGGCCUCACUGCCCACUCGGGGCCCUGGGGUCCCCGACUUGUUUUCUGGGCUGCUGCCAGCGGUCACGACUCCGGCCAACCAGAGCGCAGAGGCCUCGGCGGCCAAUGGGUCGGCGGGCGGCCCCGGAGCGCAGGCCAUCACGCCCUUCCAGAGCCUGCAGCUGGUGCAUAAGCUGAAGGGGCUCAUAGUGCUGCUCUACAGCGUCGUGGUGGUCGUGGGGCUGGUGGGCAACUGCCUGCUGGUGCUGGUGAUCGCGCGGGUGCGCCGGCUGCACAACGUGACCAACUUCCUCAUCGGCAACCUGGCCUUGUCCGACGUGCUCAUGUGCGCCGCCUGCGUGCCGCUCACGCUGGCCUACGCCUUCGAGCCGCGCGGCUGGGUGUUCGGCGGCGGCCUGUGCCACCUGGUCUUCUUUCUGCAGCCGGUCACCGUGUACGUGUCGGUGUUCACGCUCACCACCAUCGCGGUGGACCGCUACGUCGUGCUGGUGCACCCGCUGCGCCGGCGCAUCUCGCGGCGCCUCAGCGCCUACGCGGUGCUGGCCAUCUGGGCGCUGUCCGCGGUGCUGGCGCUGCCCGCGGCCGUGCACACCUACCACGUCGAGCUCAAGCCGCACGACGUGCGCCUCUGUGAGGAGUUCUGGGGUUCGCAGGAGCGCCAGCGCCAGCUUUACGCCUGGGGGCUGCUGCUCGUCACCUACCUGCUUCCCCUGCUGGUCAUCCUCCUGUCCUACGCCCGCGUGUCGGUGAGGCUGCGGAACCGCGUGGUGCCGGGCUGCGUGACGCAGAGCCAGGCCGACUGGGACCGCGCGCGGCGCCGCCGCACCUUCUGCUUGCUGGUGGUGGUCGUGGUGGUGUUCGCUGUCUGCUGGCUGCCGCUGCACGUCUUCAACCUGCUGCGGGACCUGGACCCCCGCGCCAUCGACCCCUACGCCUUCGGGCUCGUGCAGCUGCUCUGCCACUGGCUGGCCAUGAGUUCGGCCUGCUACAACCCCUUCAUCUACGCCUGGCUCCACGACAGCUUCCGCGAGGAGCUGCGCAAGCUGUGGCUCGCCUGGCCCCGCAAGAUCGCUCCGCGCGGCCAGAGCAUGACCGUCAGCGUGGUCAUCUGACGUCGCCGCGCCAGCCUCGGCCGAGGAGCCCGACGCCAGCAGGCCCUCGGGCAUGCCGCCCGCGGCUGGGCUGGAGAGGUUACUCCCAGGACCCGAGCGAGGCCAGCACAGGGCAACGUUUCCAGCCCAGCCUGGCGUCCAGGGGCCUGUCUUGUCCUUGUGUCUUUGUAAAAUGUUAAGUGGGCUCUGGGGAGAGUCUUGUUCUUUGCUUAGAAGAGGCCAGGGAGAGGAAAGAGGGUUGAUUAUUUCUUCCUCGUGCCUUGAAGGACAAAGCUCCUUCUUUGGGUUCAGGAAAGCAUUGCGGAACCAUGGUUGUCUUCCUUUUUUUGCUCAAGGGUGAGAUGAAGGAACAAUGUAUGUGGGAUUUUAAAUGACUGUGCUGGGCUUGACAAGGCUUUUCAAUUU